AUGAAACGAGUCACCGGAGUUUUUUUAACAAUCUUAAGAUUUUUGCAGUUUGCAUCAUCUGUUUUGGUGAUGUCACUUUUGGCGUAUGCCAUCCAUGCUUAUGGCAAUAGAGGUAACAAGAAAACCAACUUUACGUUAGCAACAGGUGUUAUUAGUGUUUUUUAUCUGAUUGCCUUAGGUAUUUUAUGCUUGGCUCUUCCUACGUUGAUCUACAUAGGAAUGUAUUUCUGUGCCGAGUUGAUUAUGUGCAUGCUAUGGUUAGCAGCCUUCGUCGUUCUUGCAAAAGCUCAAGGUGAACGUAGCUGUGGGAACACAAAUGCACAGGGUUUAUAUUACAAUCCAUAUAGUGGUGAAUACACUGCCGACAGGCAUAGAAGAGCUUGUAAUGCUUCUCAGGCUGCAAUUGCCUUUUCCGGCCUCUGCUUUGUCUUAUUUUUGACUAGUGUGAUAUUACUGGGAGUUAAUGUUUUGACACCAAUCAGGAGACGUUAUAAAACUCAAGGAAUGUGGAAAAGUGGUGCCUCCAUGGGGACGAAGCUUCAUAGGUGGAGUGGGUUGGCUUUGAGCGAACCAUUUGAGGAAACAGCACCCUACGAUAAUACUAAUGUUAGGACUGGAGAUGUUGAAGCGGGUGCAGGUGAUAAUACCGCUUAUACUUCUGAGCCGAACGCUGAUGCGCGCUAUACUACUAACGAUCCUAAUGCCCAGUAUCAGACUAGUACUACUAACACGCGCUACACCACAACCACCGCCGAUCCCAACGCACGCUACGCUACUAAUGAUCGUAACGCGGGUUCUGCAAAUGUCGCUAACACUGCGGCGGACCAACAUACUUAUUCUACGGAUGAAUCAGGUGAUCGGUCCUAUCAGGAAAAGCUUGCAGAAGGAGCCGCUUCUGGUGCAAUGAGUGGCAGUACUGCAGACCCAAACAGGAACAUUAAUCCUAUGCCAUGA